UCCAUCCGGCGAAUGUUUGUUUCUCUCCAAUUUGUUCUUUUUAAAACACUUUUUUUCCUGUAAGAAACCAGCGAAGCUGAUCGCAAGAGCAACAACAAUUCAUUUCGGUUUCCCGUCUGGGCAGAGCCCAAAGGCGGUCAGCUGAUUUGGAGCAAAGGAAGCGAAACUUAACUUUCUCUUUCCUUUCCCGGCGGAGGCGGCGGCGAUGGGGGGUGUACCGUCCUUGCCUGUUUUGCUGGAAGAACUCACUUGCUCCAUUUGCCUGGACUUUUUCCAGGACCCCGUGCUCAUCCCGGAGUGCGGCCACAACUUCUGCCGGGGCUGCCUGACCCGCAGUUGGGGGACUUCGGAAUCGGAAGCUUCCUGCCCCCAAUGCAGACGGAUCUUCGUACCCCACAGCCUCCUCCCCAACAGGCAGCUGGCGCGGGUGGCUGAAAUGGCCAGACAAUGCGACGGCCAUCCGGUCGAGGAAGGAUGGAGCUUCUGCCCGAAGCACCGGGAGCCCCAUAAGCUCUUCUGUAGGAACCACCAGACCCUCAUCUGCGUGGUCUGCGAUAGAUCCAAAGAGCACAAGGGCCACUCGGUGAUCCCUCUGGAGGAGGCUUUCCAGGAAUACCAGAUCAAGGUUGAGGAUUGCCUGAAGGCUCAGAAGGAAGAGAGAGAGAAAAUAGCUACAUACAAAACAGACACGGAGCAAACAGUGCAGGAGAGGCUUGACUUCAUCAAAAAAGUGAAAAUAAAUGUAGUGGCUGAAUUCAGAGAGCUACAACUCUGGUUAGAAGCACAGGAGAAGCUUCUGUUGACUAAAAUGGAAGAAACAGAGAAGGACAUUAUGGCAAGAAAGGAGAAAGGUUUGGCCAAGCACAUGGAGGAACUCGGCUCUCUUGACCAUCUCAUCCAGGAGAUAGAAGAGAAGCUUCAGCAGCCAGCCAGCCAACUCUUACAGGACAUUGGAAGCAUCUUGAAGAAGUACCAGGCAAAGGAAACAUAUGAAAAUCCAGUGGAUUUACUUCUAGAGCCAAAGUGGACAAUCUGGGAUUACAAUGAUAUCCCUGCGCUUCUGAAAAGGGCCAAGAAAAAAUUGGAAGAUACUCUGGAAAAUGGACUUCAACUACAGGAAGAGAAUGUAACUCUGGAUCCAGACACAGCCAAUCCUGACCGCCUUGAUGUCUCCGAAGAUCGAAAAAGUGUUCAAGGACUUAAGCUAGUUAAAACAAUAUAUAAUGACUCCAAGCGCAAGAGAUUUGUAUAUCAUCCUUGUGUCCUUGGCUGUCAGAAGUUCUCAACAGGGAGACAUUUCUGGGAAGUUAUUGUAGGAGGUACAAGAGGAUGGGGUGUAGGGGUUGCCAGCAAGCCAGUGAACAUAACAAAUGUUGAUGAGCAGACCAUGCGGUGGGAGAUUUGGAAAUGCGGAGGGGAAUACAUGGCCAUGUCUCCGUCAGAAAGCUCUGAGUUUGUCCCCUUUGAGGAGCCCAUGAGGAUCUGCAUCUCCCUCAACUGUGAAGAGGGACAAGUGAGUUUUUUUGAUGCCAGGACAGCAACUCUGCUCCAUAGAUUCUCUGAUGUUUCCUUGGUUGGAAAGACUUUUCUGCCCUGUUUCUAUUUGGGUGAGGGCACCUGCAUGACACUCCCCUAAAAGAAGAAAGCUCCAUAGACAAAACUUUGGAAAAAUCCCUAUUUGCCAAGCGGUGAUCUCUGAAACCCCCUUUUUUUAAUUCAAAAAGUUUUUUUUAAUUUUUACUCAUACUUCCCCCCUCCUCCCUCCAACCCUCACCCUAUCCCCUCUCUCCAUCCCCCUUCACCCAAUCCCCCUACCCCCCACCCCCAGACUUCCCAGAGCAAAAUACAGGAUAUCUUACCUAACAAUCAUAAAUUAGAAUAAGCAAACAAUCCAUAAAUUUCCAUCCCUCCCCUAGUACCU